AUGGCAGAACUCACAGAAGCUCAACGUGAGUUCCUGGAUACUUGCGAGAAGGAGUUUUCUAAAAGAUAUACAAGUGAAGAUAAAGCUUUUAUGCAGGUUAAGAAUGCUCUACCCAUUCCUCCGCCUUCAGUUCAUCCUUGGUAUGUGAAGAAGGAUAAUAGAGGGUUGGAUGAGGGCAGGGGGGACAGGAACCAUGAUGGAAAGAGAAAGGGCUCUGAAGGAGGAUACAAUGAGAGGAGAGGAUACCAGGACAAGAGAGGGUAUCAGGACAGGAGAGGAUACCAGGAUAGGAGAGGAUACGGAGAUAGGAAUCAUGGAAGUCGGGAUGAAAGAGACAAUUUCUAG